CGCCACUUUUAUUACAUAAGACACUCGAUAUCGAGUUAUCAGCUUUAUCGCAUAUUCCACCUCACAUUCAACUAACGAGAUUACCCCUGAGAUCCUCCAAGAUGGCGAGUACAGGCAGUUGCUUCUGCAGCAAAGUCCGUAUUUCAUUUGAAGGCGAGCCCAUCAGACAGGCCACCUGUCACUGUUACGACUGUCGUAAGAUCUCGGGCUCAACCUACAGCACCAACCUCAUCGUGCCUGGAGCAGGAUUCAAGCUUCUUUCCGGCGAACCCAAGGCCAUCUCCAAGACUGCGGACAGCGGCAAUACCGUUACAUCGCACUUCUGCGGUGACUGUGGAACUACUCUGUGGCGUGAUGGGCCGUCUUUUGGCGAGAACAAGGUUGUUAAGGCCGGCACUCUGGACGAUGUAAAAGCCCUCGACGGACUUAAGCCUGGCUUUGAGUUGUUCAGCGACUUGAGGGUUGGCUGGGUCGCAGAACUUCCCGAUACAGUCCAGAAAACCGCUAUGUAGCGUGUUCGCUUAAACAAUCUGAAAAGGGGGUUAUAGGUUAUAGUUGCUAAAUUGGACCAAUACGCGGGGUUAGAAAGAAUAUGCGAUUGUGUAAAUAGACUGAGACCAAUUCACG